AUGGAAGAUACAAGCAUUCUUGACACGAUCAACUUAGCAAUUAAGAGUCAAGAAGAGAUAAAAGUUCAACUUUUAGCCGAAAUCGAUUCGAUUGAGACCGAUAGUACAAAGCAAAAAGGGGAUUCUGCGCCCCUAAAAUUUUAUCGAUCGUCAAUUGCUCAUUUAAAGCAAGAAAAGCAAUCACUCGAUGACAGAAUAUAUCAAUACAAGCAAAGAGAAUAUCCAGCGCUUAAACAAAAAUUACAAAGAUUGACACAAAAGAAUAACGCAAUCGAAACAAGAAUUUCCUACUUUAGAAAAAUCCGCCAAGAAGAUAUUAUCGCAAAACUAAGCUCUCCUGAAACUGCUUCAACAUAUAUUCAGCAAUUCACAGAAUCCUUAAAGGCUGAGAUCGCUGAACUUUCAAAGGAGGAAGAGUCAAUCAAUAAAAAGAUUGAAGAGUCAAAGGAUCAGCUCCAUAGACUUCAACAAGAAAAUCUUUCGAUUAAACGCGAGACGGCAGCUUCUUCUUGGCAAUCGGAGAUUAACGAUGAGGCGAAGCUCAAUGCAACUACAAAGACAAAGCCGCGUAAACGAUCAAGAACCUGCCAAUAUCGUCAAUCUGCAUAUCUUCCUCCGGAUCCACUCAGAUUUUCACCACUCUUCUAA